AUGCUUAAAUUUGGUAAGUUGCAUAGCAAUGUCGUACGUAAUGUGUUAGCCACUACAAGGUUCAAUUCCACUAGAUUACUAAUGAGAUCCAAGAUGGUAACCCCUUCUUUCCAAAAUAUGAGAACUUUACACAACGCCUCCAUUCUUUAUCAAAAGUCUCAUUUAAGCCGUCAACCAAUCGGUGGUAGUGAGUCGCAAGCUAAUAGUAGUAGACGUAGUAGAAGGUUUGAGAAUGUUGAGUUCAAUGCUCCAUUAUCUAUUGCAUUUUUCCUUGUUGUUGGUGGAUUAUCGUAUUAUAUAUUUGAACGUCAAAAGAAGAAGAUGGAUGCAGAACAAGACAAGGAAUCUAGAAAGGGGUACGGUACCCCUCAAAUUGGUGGACACCCAUUUCAAUUGAUUGAUCAAGAUGGUCAAGCUUUCACUGAUAAAAACAUGCUAGGUAAAUUCUCGAUAGUAUAUUUUGGAUUCUCUCAUUGUCCAGAUAUUUGUCCUGAUGAAUUAGACAAAUUAGGAUGUUGGUUGGAUGAACUUCAAAAGGAUAGAAUUGAAUUACAACCUGUAUUUGUCACUUGUGAUCCAGCUAGAGAUAGUCCUGAAGUGUUAAAGGAAUAUCUGAAAGAUUUCCAUAGUAGUAUUAUUGGUAUUACAGGUACAUAUGAUCAAAUUAAACAAAUGUGUAAACAGUACCGUGUGUAUUUUUCAACUCCUGAGAAUGUUAAACCUGGUCAAGAAUAUCUAGUGGAUCAUUCAAUUUUUUUCUAUUUAAUGGAUCCAGAAGGUAAGUUUAUUACAAUUCUAGGUAGAAAUCUUGAUGAGAUUUCCGGUGCAGAGAAGAUCAGAGAAUCCUUAUGGGAAUAUAAGAGAACUCAUAAAAAAUAA